UUCUUCCCCGCGAGGAUCGGAUCGCGUUGACCCGAAUCGACCGUGACUUCAGGAGCGCGCCCACAUGCUCGGAUUCUGCGGGUUGCUUCCGUCGCGGUGUAUAAGUUUGAGACCAUGCCCUUUCCCCGUUACCGAUGAUUUUCUGGAACCCAAAUCCCGAACUCUCCCCCUCUGCCCUACCCUACCUCGCUGGCGGCGGCGCACAGAUCGCAAUCCCCGCACCGAUUCACCCGUGCCCCCUCUCCUCGUCACCUGCAGAGGACCUCGUGGGCGUGCAACCGAAGCUCUUGUGCAUGUCAUCCCAUCCCUCUGGGACGCUCGCCCCUCAGGUGUUCGGUAAUUGGCCAUCGGGACCGCUGGGAGCCGCCGGCCCAGUUUCGUGUCCACCGCCGUUCGGGUCAAGAAAAUCAACGUUGAAGCUUCGUGAUUGCGUGUGGGAGCUUGGGAAGGCGUUGUCUGGUGAGGGCUCGGUCGGCUUUGGCCGGAAUUGCUCAUCGGCGUUCCAAACCCGCUGCCGACCGCUCUCCUCCUUGGGCAGCCGAUUCUACUGCGUGAUAGUCGUGAGGUCACGAGGAUCUGAAGAAUCAUCCUGAUACCUGGAAUCUCAAGUGCCAGACAAGUUGUGCCCUUGAUCCACUUUUGUUACCCAAUAAUGUUCUUUAUUAUCAUUAUUCAAUGCAUAUGUUUAAUUUUGAUGGGACCCAAUAUGUCACCCUAGUCUGUUUAUCCUGUUUACCUUGUUUACCCUUGAAUCAUUUGGGUAGUUAUGCUAUUGCAUUAUUUGGUUUUGGG